AUGAUAUCUAAAAGUUUGCACUAUCAUAAGCUAUGCGGAUUGAGAGCGUCUAUUCAAUGUCAAAAGAGACUUCAGCAUACAAACCGCAUAGAGUCAAUGCACCAUGCGACUGAGCUGGAUGAAGCAUCGCAAACCACACACAGUGUGAAUAAACCCCCUUCAGACCAUUGUGGUGCCAUCCCUAUUUCUGAAUCUUCAAUAGACCAAUUGGACGAUGUGGAGCCGAAAGGAGUUCUACAUCUGAUGACACACGAUGAUUUAUUCACCACGAACAACAAGAUAGAUUUCCAAAGGUUGAGUCAGUUCAUAAAAGAAGCAUACGAAAAGAGACCUCAUGAAAAGAAAUCGAAAGUUGAACCAAAGCCAGUGAAUAUUGAUUCUCUUCUUACAAGCUACAAACGUGAUGAACAACAGAGUGGGGGUUUUUUCAAAGAAGCUGCACCUAGUUUUCAAAGCAGAAUAACGGUGCAAUCCUUGGAUUUCGAUCUUCGCGAGAGGUUGUACGAGAAAUGUGAAGCAGCUUUAAUUCCAACGUUAACGAUUAUAGACGAUAUGCGAUCUUCAGUUGAGAUUUACCAAUUUUUUGACGGCGUAUUGCGGAGGGUUUCUGAAGAUUUAGAGACGGCAAAAAAGGAAAACACUUUAAAUGAUCGAUUCUAUUUGCGAAAUGUAUUUCUUGAAAGGAAUAUGCAUGAAUGGAAUGAACUGUAUGACAAUGUGCUUGACAAAAUAUACGCCGACAAUGGAUCUGACCCGGUCAAGUUCAAUGCCAACAUUUUAACUCUCCCGACCAUCACCAACCAUGUGUUUAAAAAGCUCGGGUAUCAAUUAUUCAAUGGCAACUUGAUGCUUUCAAUAUUCAACAAAUUGAAGGAUGACAUACAUUUAUACACGCUAUGUUGCAAUCAACAAACAUAUAAUGAAAUUUUACGAACAAUUUGGGUGUACAAUGGUAACAUUGACUUAUCCGAAUUUGAGAAAGUGUAUACGGAAAUGAAGUUUUUGGGGUUUGAAGGGGACUUUGUCACUUAUAAUAUUCUCAAAACAGUUAUUGAUGAGUACAAUGCAAUGCUGAGUGGUAGUUCUUUUUUCAACAAGUAUGGGUCGAGAGUAUUAACACGAGAUGAUAACUCAAGAAUCGCUUAUCUCACCAAGGAGUUUCACAAGUUGCAAAAACGACUUAAAAAUCAGUUGAUAAAAUAG